GAUUCGCGUAUGUCGUGCAAGUGAGAAGAAAGUAAAUUGAAAUAUUUACCUAUAUUAUUUGCAUAUAAUAAUCGAAUCAAUGAGGUAUAUCGCGUGAUGAAGAUUAUUGCUGCAGUUUUUCAAAAAAGUGUGUGCCAAAGUAGUGUCUACGCAUUCAAAACUUGUGAUGCACAAAAUGUAUGGCUGUGCUUAUUUAAAUUGAUUUUAAUAGUGUAUUUGUAAUAAAUAUUAAAGCAGGAUGCCGAGAGGGGAGAACCGACCGAGCGUCCUGUUAUCUCGCGAAGAAAAUGAACAGGUGUUUAGUCUCAUAGGACCAAAAUGUCAGAGUCUAGCUACUGCAGUUGUGCAGUUAUUCACAACAGAAGGCCCAGGUCAUACAGAAUGGAAGAAGAAAGACACUGGUGUACUGUGCCUUAUAAAGGACAAUGCCAAAAGGUCCUAUUUCUUCCGGAUAUAUUGUCUGUACAGGAAGACUAUGAUAUGGGAACAUGAGGUCUACAUGCAAAUAGAAUAUAAAAGUCCUAGACCAUAUUUACAUACAUUUGAAGCAGAGGAAUACAUGACAGCGUUUAACUUCGCAAAUGAAGAAGAGGCGCGAGUCUUGAGAAACAUUCUCAUAGAGAAAAUCGAACUGCGGAAACAAAGACGCGAAGAAAGACGUCAGCGUUCUAUGCAAGCGGUUAGAGCUAACAGUACAGCUUCGAAUCAGUCUCGUAUAAAUGGAGUCGCAAACGCUCCGCCACCCGCUCCUACGCCCGCUCCGCAACCCGUUCAGCCGCAGAAAACGAAUACGAUAUCAAGUUACACACUAAAAGGCAAGAAACCGAAAGCGAGGAAGCUCACAAAAGCCGAUAUCGGCGCGCCACAGGACUUCAAACAUGUUUCUCACGUUGGGUGGGAUGCUGAAAAAGGUUUUGACGUUGGCAACCUUCCAGAAGCAGAUAUGCGUUCUUUCUUCUCGAAAGCGGGAAUUAGUGAUAUUCAGCUUAUUGAUCGGGACACGCGACAAUUUAUUUACGACUUCAUCAACACUCAUGGAGGAUACGACGCCGUCAAGGAAGAGUUGCAUGAAGAUCCGCCUAAAUAUUCCCCCCGCAGUGGGGCGGUGCCUCCCCCACCGCCUGCCCCUCCUGUGCCUUCGAGAGCGCCGCACGCGCAUCCGCCCGCCCCACCGUCCAGGGCGCCGCCUCCGCCCCCGGCACGGGCGGUGCCACCUCCCCCGCCGCCCCCAACUAUUACAGCGCCACGGAACCCGCCACCGCCCCGCCCGAAUCAACCUCCAUCUGGUGGCCCUCCGUCGGUGCCGCCUCCUCCGCCACCCAGCGCUGCGCCGCCCGCCCCUCCUCCGCCUCCUCCUGCCCCAGCGCCACCGCCCGCCCCGCCCAUGCCGGCAGAAGCUAGCAACGACCCUAGGGCGGCCCUCAUGGAGAGCAUACGCAACGGGAAUAAAACUUUACGGAAAGUUGAAGCGGUCGCUAAACAGUCAGGCAAUGAUGAUAGCAGAAGUAAUUUGCUCAGCGAAAUAAGACAGGGAUUUAACUUGAGAGCCGUGAAGCCCCCUACCACAAACCAAGUGACGGAAGAUCGACCUCCAACGUGCGGCCUAGCGGGCGCGCUCGCUAAAGCUUUACAGGAACGAGCACGAGCCAUACAUUCAUCGGACUCCGAAGACAGCGAAACUACUAGCGAUGGAGAGUGGGACGAUUAGACAUCUCUUACACGUUCAAAAGCCCUUCCUCCGGUUUUAGAAAAAAAAUAAACCUCCUGUAUGUGAAGCGAUGACAUAGUAAGUGUUUUAAGUAGUAUUUUGAUGAUUAUUAUUGUUGAUUUAUCCUCAUGAUAAAGUUUAUACAUCUGUAAUAUCUAUAUAUACGCGAAUUAUUUAAAUACACGUUUAGGUAACUCAUGGUCAGCGAGAGGUAUUUUACUAUUUUGUAAUUAAUAUACAUAUUGAAAUGUUGCCAUAUGAACUUCAUCAUGCCGCGAAGUUGGUAUUAGCAAUAUUCGGCUGGAAUUUUACAAGAAUUGUACAUUUCAAUCUCCCGGUUUAUCCAUGUGUCUGGUAAGAUUAGCUGAACUCGUGGCACUCGUAACGUCAGGUUUUAUUAAUAUUGUUGUAAACUCGCGUGUAAAGAUUUGUUUAAAUCUAUAAUCCCUUUGAGAUUAAUCUUGACUAUGAAGCAGAAAUAUAAAAUCAAAUGAUGUGCCAAGGGUAAGAAAUUGUAAAAAAUCUAUGCAUGGUUGUUUUCGAAAUAUGGAGAGGUGUAAAAAUUAAUCAGGCAUUAUAAAUAAAGUGCUCAAAAAACUAAUCCAAAUAUGUAUUGAAUAAUUAUUAUUGAGUUAUUUUAGCAGGUCCAUAUUUCAUAAUAUAUUUGCUGCUUCGUUGAUAGUAAUUAAAUUAAUUUGAUAUUCAGUAUAACUGUAUACCACAUGUAAUGUGACCCGCCCAAACUUCUAGAAUAAUUUUAUUUUAAUGAUAAAAUAGUAAUUAUAAUCUUGUACAUAGUUUUUCAUUAGGCAAAGGACUGAAGAAAAACGUUGGUGAUUAUAAAGUACCUUAAUUCUUCUAAUAUCUAGGUGUUCGUAUAUUUCAUAUUUUCGAGUCGCUAAUUAUAAUCUUAUUAAUUCUAACCAUUGAAUUCUUGUGUUGGAAGUUUAGUCCUCAGUUCAAUAUACAUUUUCACAACAAUUAUUUGACUGUGUUAUUUAUAUGGAAUUUAUGUUGUUUUGUAAUUGUAUACCUUCUUUUUCAUUCCCAUUUUUAAGGCAUAUUUCAUGAAUAAUUUGAUGUAUUAAUUCAGUGUAUUUUAUAUUUUAAGUACGUAUUGUUUAGUAUUAUAUUUAUUUUCAUUUAAAGCAAUGUUAGUCAUGUAACCUAAAUGUACAUAAAAAUGUAUAGCAUAUUUUUUUAAAAUAGUUUUGUAUCUGCCGGCAUAAUAUAAAAGCUAGCAAUAACUAUUGUAAUGUACCACCUGUAAACAAUUUGUUGAAUUAAUAAAUAAUUAUU